CGCCAAGAAUGUGGCGCUUCUCGUUGCCGCUGCGGACGGCAUACUCGUCGUCGCUGCUGUGCCAGCGGACAUAUCUUCCGCUGUCAACGCCAUUGGGAGGAUCCGUUGCGUCGUUCAGUACGUUCGAUGAAGGGAAGCCGAAGAAGAAGGUCGUCAGUGGGUACGAGUCUGCGGUGCCGAAGUGGAAGAAGGAUCGGGCUGACAAGUUCAAGCAAAAGAUGGCAGGUGGCGGCGACAGACGCGGCAGAUCCAAUGACAAGUUCAAAGGCUCUCCGUUUGGCAAGGACAGCAACGACCGAGGAGGCAAGCAGCAGUUCAAGUCGUUUGACAACUCCCGCCGUUCGUCGUCUCCAUUCCGUACCAACAAAUUCAAAGACAACGACAAGAAGCCAUGGUCCAAAUUCAGCAACGACAAGUCCAGAUUCAGCAACGAAAAGCCUAAAUACAGCAACGACAAGCCUAAAUACAGCAACGACAAGCCUAAGUACGGCAAUGAAAAGCACGACCAACAGGACAGCAAGCGCGGGUCGAAAGAGUACUCCAAGGGCAAGGCCAGCGGGGACUUUACCAGAGGGCGGAAGCAGCAGUUCAAGUCUGAGCCAAAGGUGGUCGAAGCCCCCAAAUCCAUCCAUGACAUCCAAGCGGAAAGGGAAGCGGCGUGGUCGCACAUGCGCAAGAUCCGAGUGCUCACGCCGGGCAUCCCUGGUUCCGCCUCGUCACCAUCCGCCGCUCCUUCGACUCCGUCGCCGUUCAAACCGUUCAAAGCAACGGCUGCCGACACUUUGAAAGGCGACGGCAUAUCCACCGACAGACGAGCCCAACGCCAGCUCAACAAGAAGAAUCGCGUGUUUGACAACCUCCAAGCCCCCGCACAGGACAUUGUCGAGCCGCUGCAUACGUUUGAAGAACCAGACAGUCCCCGUGGUGUCAAGCCCCGAGGCCUGAACGUGGCUGUGAUUGGUCGACCGAAUGCUGGCAAGAGUUCGCUCAUGAACUCGUUGCUUGGAUUCAACGUGUCGGCAGUGUCUGCCAAGUACAACACGACGCGCGACCGCGUGCUGGGAGUGCUCACCCAAGGCGACGCCCAAAUCGCAUUUUACGACACCCCUGGUCUUGUCAAUUUGAAGGAUUCCCAUACAUAUGUGCGGUCGCUGGCGAUCACGGCGUCGGAGACGAUGCCAAGCGUCGACAUGUCCUUGCUCGUGGUGGACGCCGUCAAGCGGCUGGACGACCAGGCGCUGGAAGCCCUGAAAAACAUUGCGAUUUCGUCUGCCAAGGAAGCGGCGCCCAUCAUGCUCGUCAUGAAUAAGAUGGAUUUGGUGGGGCCGACGGAACGUCCGCAUGUGGCCAAGCGCGUCCAAGUGCUCAGUGAUAUGAUUGAAGAGGCGUUUAUAACGUACGGCCCCAAGGAAGACGACGAGUUUGACGAGUUUGACGAGGAUGAGGACGAAGUUGACGGUGACAAUGAGGAGGACGAUGACGACGAUGACGACGAUGACGACGACUAUGAAGAGUUUGACAGUGACGACUUUGAAGAUUUCGAAGACGACAUGUCUGAGCUCGAGCUCGACCCGACCAAGUACCUACGCGACAACUGCAUCAAGCUGUCGUCGUUCAAGGACAAGGACGUGGCCAAACUGCGCAAGGAACUGCUUGCGCUGGCCGUGGACCGGCCGUGGAUGUUCCACUCGCGCAUGAAGUCGGAUCGAAGCGACUUGGACCUUGUCACAGAGAUCAUUCGGGAAAAACUCUACCGCCGAUUCAACCAAGAACUGCCGUACCAGAUUGAGCAAGAAAACCGCGGGUGGACUCCGUUUAGCGACAAGAGUUUGCGCAUCGACCAAGACCUUUGGGUCCCGUCCGACCGCCACGUCAAGACGUUGCUGGGCACGAAGGGCGACACGCUUCGCGAAAUCGGCACGGCCGCCCGCAAAGACAUUGAAAAGCUCUUGGGCCGCAAGAUUCACUUGUACUUGAACAUCCGGUCGCGUGACCCGAGAUAGACGACGAUUGCUAUAAACUUUGAUUUAACUAGUAGAAAUCUCAUUGUAUCCUC